AUGACUGCUGGGAAGUUUGAUUUAUCCAAUAUCGUCAGACCUAAGAUCUACAAUUUGGAACCAUAUCGUUGUGCUCGUGAUGAUUUUACGGAAGGUAUUCUAUUAGAUGCCAACGAAAAUGCUCAUGGUCCUUCAAUAACUAUUAGUACUGGGUUCGAAGACUUGCAUAGAUAUCCAGAUCCACAUCAAGUUAAAUUUAAAUCCCUAAUGGCCCAAUUUCGUAAUAAAAACUCUAAAUUGAGUGUUGAACCUUUGCUAACUAGUGAUAAUUUAUGUUUAGGUGUUGGCAGUGAUGAAUCUGUAGACGCACUUAUCCGUGCUUGUUGUAUUCCAGGAAAACAAAAAAUAUUGAUUAAUCCACCAACUUAUGGCAUGUAUUCUAUCUGUGCCGCUAUAAACGAUGUGGGGGUAGUUAAAAUUCCAUUAACUUACGAAGACAAUACUUUCCAAUUAAAUGUAGAAAAAAUAUUGGACACGUUGAGAAGUGAUCAAGAUAUUAAAUUGGUUUUUAUUACGUCUCCUGGUAAUCCAACUGGCCAGUAUAUUAACUUGGCUGAUAUAGAAAGGAUUUGUAGUUCUUGGUUAAAUGGUAUUGUUGUUGUCGAUGAAGCCUAUAUUGAUUUCGGUGGUGAAAGUGCUUCUCCAUUGGUUAACAAAUACCCAAAUUUAGCUGUAUUUCAAACCGUAUCUAAAUCAUUUGGUUUAGCUGGUAUUCGUAUAGGCAUAACUUUUGCUUCUAAAGAGUUAAGUUCCGUCUUAAAUGCUAUGAAGGCGCCAUAUAAUAUAUCAACUAUGGCCUCUCAACUAGGUGUCAAUGCGUUAAGCGAUAAAAGCAUUCAAAUAAUGCAAGAAAAUGCUACCAAAAUUAAUAAGGAGAAAUUCCGUGUUUUAAAAGAGUUAACGUCCUUGGAUUGUGUAGAAGAUCAACAAAUAGGUGGUUUAGACGCAAAUUUUAUCAUGAUAAGAAUGAAAAAUCGUGAUAUCGCUAAACAAGUUUAUUUGAAUUUAGCAACAAAGGCAAAAGUUGUUGUCAGAUAUAGAGGUACCGAAUUGGGUUGUGCUGGUGGUUUAAGAAUUACUAUUGGUACAAAGGAAGAAAAUGAUCGAUUGAUUAAAGAAUUUAAAAACAUAACAGACCAGUUGUUAAAGUAG